UCCUUCGAAAGGAUCAACGUCAUCGUUGAGCAUAGGAUGUCCAUCAUUGGUAAAGAUCCAUCGGGUGCGUAUCACCACGUGCUCGUGGCGCUGAAGGGUAGGAUCAGAUCAAACGACCACCAUCUUUCGAUUACGACACAAUGGGAAGGUUUAAUGUUGCCAUAUUACUGAUCGCUGUAAUCAACUAUCUGCGGUGCAUUCUUGAUGUCGUACAGAGCCUUAUUGACAACCCCAGGACCCGGUGUCGGAGCCCGAACUAUAUCCAAGAGAAUUUUAAUUGCGUUGGUCGAAAAUGUGGUAUGCAUUGUAUUCGAAUGUGUCGGCUGAGCAGGUAUGCCCUUGUUAUUUCGCAGGGUGUGCGGCUUGGGGAGUCGUGGAAGGAUACAGGUCUCGUAAGAGAUAGACUGGAAAGCGAGGUAUUUAAAGAAAAAAGGCCUGUUCAGCUGUUGCUAACGUAGUAAUACUGUAGAGAAAAAGGAUCAAUAUACUGAGAAUAGCAAGAAUCUCCUUGUCCCCAAUGCACAACCUGACACUAGAGAAGCAUGCUUCCGGCCAUGCAUAAAUGGAUGAGAUUGUA